GAAAAAACGCCUAAAUAAACCAAACGGCCGCGUGUCAGCAAAUAAGUGCAGUAAAUUGAUUGACGUCCGCGCUGCAGUUGAAAAAUAAAGCAAUCGAAGACGCUAGGAGCCCGAAAAACGCCCCAGCAGCCGCAGCUCAUUGGCAGCCAACAUCCGCAGCCGAAACGCAGAGUGUUAUUGAACAACGGGGAGGCGUAGAGGGAGGUGUGUGUGUGUGUGUGCGCGCGUGCCUGUGUGUAUGUGUGUGCUUGUGAGUGGGCAGAGGUGGCGGCUGUGGAGUAGCAGCGGAUGUAGUUUGGAGCACAGGCACCGCGGAUACCACGAAAAGCAAACAUAGACGACAUCGACGAAUCCGAAGAGCGAAGAGAGCGAGAGAAAACAAACAUUGGGCCGCGAAACUGAAGGUUUGUUGAGGUGGAAAGCAGCAGUAGCAGCAGGCAGCAGCAGCAGCAUCGGUGACCGCACCCUAAUGUCAAAUAGUCAAGCGAAUGCCGGCAGCAGCGGUAGCGCGGAUGAACCGACCCUGAACCCGUCGGGAUCGGCCACGUUGGUCCCCAACCUGACGACAACGAAUGCAUCCUCUCAAGCAACGCCAGCGUCAACAAUUCCCCAGCAGCAGCAACAGCAGUCGCAGCCGCAGCCACCACCUCACAUAGUGGGAGCUUCAACAGCUGAUGCUGGUGGCGGGGUUGGUGUGGUCGUCGCAGGGGGAAGCGAGGGAGUCAAUUUGGAUUCAUCGCCUAGGGAAUCCGGCGACGAUUCAGAGGAUGAGAGCGAGAUUCUGGAAGAGUCGCCGUGCGGUCGGUGGCUGAAGCGGCGCGAGGAGGUCGACCAGCGGGAUGUGCCCGGGAUUGAUUGUGUCCAUCUGGCCAUGGACACGGAGGAGGGUGUCGAGGUCGUUUGGAAUGAGGUGCAAUAUGCCAAUAUGCAGGAGCUUAAGUCUCAGGAGGAAAAGAUGCGUCAGGUCUUUGACAAUCUACUGCAGCUGGAUCAUCAGAAUAUCGUCAAGUUCCAUCGCUACUGGACGGACACGCAACAGGCGGAGAGGCCGAGGGUGAUUUUCAUUACGGAGUACAUGUCAUCCGGGUCUCUAAAACAGUUCCUCAAACGCACCAAGCGCAACGCCAAGCGAUUGCCGCUGGAGUCGUGGCGACGCUGGUGUACUCAGAUCCUGUCCGCGCUCAGCUAUUUGCAUUCCUGCACGCCGCCCAUCAUCCAUGGAAAUUUAACCUGUGAUAGCAUUUUCAUCCAGCACAAUGGUCUGGUCAAGAUCGGCUCCGUGGUGCCCGACGCUGUUCACUACAGCGUUCGCCGGCAGUGGGACCGCGAAAGCGGUCGAGAGCAGGAGCGUGAGCGAGGCGCUCACUAUUUCCAGGCGCCGGAGUAUGGAGCCGCCGAGCAGCUGACUGCCGCCCUAGACAUCUAUGCUUUCGGCAUGUGCGCCCUGGAGAUGGCAGCUCUCGAAAUUCAGCCCAGCAACAGCGAAUCGACUGCCAUCAACGAAGAGACCAUACAGCGCACAAUCUGCAGCCUAGAAAGCGAUCUGCAAAGGGAUCUGAUAGAGAAGUGUCUCAACCCCCAUCCCCAGGACCGGCCCAGCGCAAACGAUCUGCUAUUUCAUCCACUGCUUUUUGAGGUUCAUUCUCUCAAACUUCUGACCGCCCACUGUCUGGUCUUCUCACCCGCCAACCGCACCAUGUUCUCAGAGACUGCAUUCGACGGACUGAUGCAGCGCUACUAUCAGCCAGAUGUGAUAAUGGCCCAGCUGAUGUCUGGCGGACAGGAACGUCAGUACCGACUGGCCGAUGUAGCCGGAGCAGACAAGCUGGAGAAGUUUGUUGAGGACGUCAAGUAUGGGGUAUAUCCGCUGAUCACCUACAACGGCAAAAAGCCGCCCAACUUUCGUUCACGGGCAGCCUCGCCGGAACGGGCCGACUCUGUUAAGUCUGCAACCCCAGAGCCGGUGGACACGGAGUCGCGUCGCAUUGUCAACAUGAUGUGCAGCGUGAAGAUAAAGGAGGACAGCAAUGACAUAAUAAUGACAAUACUUCUACGCAUGGAUGACAAAAUGAAUCGCCAGCUGACGUGUCAAGUAAACGAGAAUGAUACGGCGGCUGAUCUCACCAGCGAACUGGUUCGUCUCGGCUUUGUUCAUCUCGACGACCAAGACAAAAUUGAGGUUCUACUGGAGGAGACGUUGAAGGCUGGCGUUAUGAGCGAUGGAGCUGGUGCCGAAAGCUCGGGAGCUGGGGUGACCACGACAGCCACCAUGGCGGCACUGGAGCAGCUGGAGCGUAACUGGUCAAUUUCCGAUGCGGAUAAGACAAUGGGGAGCAGCAUGUCCUCGCCAGCAACUGCUAUGAUGUACGUGCCACAGGAUCAGCAGCAAUACCAACAGCAGCAGCAGGAUGCGGACGUUGAUCAAUCGGGCACGACGAGCAAUUGAAAGAGAGCAUAUGAUUAGUAUUCAGGGCAAGCCGGCGCUUAUCGUAUUGUUUUUAUUAUAUGUAUUGGGAAAUUACACAUUACGAUUUUAUUACUACGA